AGCUGACUGGAUGUUGGAGGACUGAGAGGAGGAGGAGUAGCUGUUGCAGUAACAACAUCCUGGAUAUUGGAGGCUGGCGGCGCACACGGCUACAGAAAUAAAGGAGGAACCAAGACGUUAGGGAGGCGGUGGUGGUAAUCGCAAAUGCCUCAGUGUAUAGAAGCACAGACAUGAACGUGAACUUGGCAGCUUUCAGGCAUUAAUUGUGGAUUUAUGGUCUAUGGCGCCGAUUGAUCCCGAGGCACCGACAAGGCGAUGCAGCAGCGGCAGGACGGGAUCGGUCCGCUACACGGCUGCCAGCUGAAUGCCUUUACUGAGGGAAAACGGCGCAGCACUCGUCCAGCGCAGGCCGGCGUGAUUUUUCAUUAAAUUAGGACAGAGAGGAUCAGCCAGCAGCUGCGAUACACCCUUGUUUACUUUCAUUAUUGUAUCGGCUCUCGAUAUCGUUCUCCGGUUCAGAGACGCUGCCACGGCAUCAAGCGGAUCAGGCCUGGGCUGAAACACCGUGCGCACUUCGCGAUAUUUACCGUGGAAUGUGACGCGAAUUCUAUCGUUAACAAGGAUAACGAAAGCACCUAGUGCUGUAUCAUUGUGUUUACUAUCCGCGUGUCCAGUUUUCUUUAUGUUUACUUAGGCGGUGAGGGUGGACUCACCGUUUAUCGUGAAGAUAACGACUCGACUCGACCCAACCCGCCUUGACACAGAGAAGCUUUCGGAUCCAAGCGAGGAUCAUGGAUCGGAAUGAUAAAAAGACCCUCACGAGCAAGUGGAAUCAGUUGUGAUCUACAGGACAACUCCAUUUCUAAGAGAUAAGCAGACGUUCGGCAGUAAAGCUCCCAUUAACGCAAUGAGAUAAUAGUGUGGCUUACACAAAAACAACCUUGACACUUAUCCCACCAUAUUCCAGUUCAUCGUCAAAAUAUGACCACGCCGGCUCUAUUGCCACUGUCGGGACGUAGGAUACCUACCCUCUCGCCAGGUGCCUCCUCAUUCCCCCAUCACAGAGCCACCUUGCGGCUCUCAGAGAAGUUCAUCCUCCUCCUCAUCCUCAGUGCCUUCAUCACCUUGUGCUUCGGAGCAUUUUUCUUCCUCCCGGACAAUUCCAAACACAAGCGCUUUGACUUUGGUUUGGAGGACGUGUUGAUACCACACAUCGAGUCGGAGAAGGAGGCCAGGCACAGCAGCAGACAGGUCAUACAUGGCGUGGGAGCUCACGAUGAGCAUCGUCACAGGGAGGAAGAGGAGAGCCUUCGUGACAAGAUCCGGGCAGAUCAUGAGCGGGCACUGCAGGAAGCCAAGGAAAAGCUCCGUAAAUCCAAAGAGGAGCUGAAGGCAGAGAUCCAGACAGAGAAGACCAAGGUAGUCGAGGAUCUGAAGAAGAAAGAUGGACCCAAACCACUGCCUCCAGUACCUAUGCCCAAACUAGUAGGGGUCAACGAUGGUGACCCAGGGGACCCUGACACCAAGGAAAAAAGGGACAAAAUCAGAGAGAUGAUGAAACAUGCGUGGGACAGCUACAGGCAAUACGGCUGGGGCCACAAUGAGCUCAAACCCAUCGCCAAGAAAGGACAUUCCACCAAUAUCUUCGGUAAUUCCCAGAUGGGGGCCACUAUAGUAGACGCCCUGGAUACCCUUUACAUAAUGGGCCUCCACGAUGAGUUUAAGGAUGGCCAGGAGUGGAUCGAGCAAAACUUGGAUUUCAGUGUGAAUGCAGAAGUAUCUGUCUUUGAGGUCAACAUCCGCUUCAUUGGAGGGCUUCUGGCUGCAUACUACCUCUCUGGACAGGAGGUUUUUAAGGUGAAGGCUGUCCAGCUGGCAGAAAAGCUGCUUCCUGCCUUCAACACCCCAACAGGCAUCCCUUGGGCCAUGGUCAAUUUGAAGAGUGGAGUGGGGCGUAACUGGGGCUGGGCGUCAGCUGGAAGCAGUAUUCUGGCUGAGUUCGGGACGCUGCACAUGGAGUUUGUGCACCUGACGUAUCUGACUGGAAACCCUGCUUACUAUCAGAAGGUGAUGCACAUACGGAAGCUGCUGGCUAAGAUGGACAGACCCAACGGGCUUUACCCCAACUACCUGAACCCACGCACAGGACGCUGGGGCCAGCAUCACACCUCAGUAGGUGGGUUGGGUGAUAGUUUCUAUGAGUACCUGUUGAAGGCCUGGCUGAUGUCUGAUAAAACGGACACAGAGGCACGCAAGACGUACGAUGAUGCCAUCGAGGCUAUCGAGCGCCACCUCAUCCGUAAGUCCAACGGUGGCCUUACUUUCAUCGGGGAGUGGAAAAACGGCCACUUGGAGCGUAAGAUGGGUCACCUGACUUGCUUUGCUGGGGGCAUGUUUGCCUUGGGGGCUGAUGGGUCGCCAGAUGAUAAAGCUGGACACUAUCUGCAGCUCGGAGCAGAGAUUGCACACACCUGCCACGAAAGCUACGAUCGCACUGUGCUGAAGCUCGGCCCAGAGGCCUUUAAGUUCGACAGUGGGCUGGAAGCAGUGGCUGUGAGACAGAAUGAGAAAUACUAUAUCCUGAGGCCUGAGGUCAUCGAGACGUACUGGUACAUGUGGAGAUUUACCCACGACCCCAAAUACAGGCAGUGGGGUUGGGAAGCAGUGCAGGCUAUAGAUAAAUACUGCCGAGUAAGCGGAGGAUUCUCUGGUGUUAAAGACGUCUACUCCUCCAACCCCACCUACGAUGAUGUCCAGCAAAGCUUCUUCCUGGCUGAAACGCUCAAGUAUCUCUAUCUACUUUUCUCCAGCGAUGAGCUGCUGCCUCUUGAGAACUGGGUGUUCAACACAGAGGCCCAUCCUCUGCCCGUCCUGCACCUGGGCAACAUCACCCUGCCUGGCAGCGAGACCCAGCAGUAGAGCGGACUCACCGGGGGGGCGCUCUCCCCCUCACUCACCCCUUUUCUAAACGCCUCCCUCCUUGUGAGAAAGACAGCAGCUGCCAGUGCAAAGGAGAGGAGAGAACUGUACCCACCAUCCACUGUCUCCUCCUGGACUGUGAAUCAUGGGACUGCAGUGAACGGAGGGGACCGGAACAGACCCAACUCUCUUUAUCUAUGUCUCUAUUUCAUAUAUUCUCUGAAGGACAGACUGCCGGAUUGAUCAUGUGUGUCUCUCUCUUGUGGCCGCUGGUCUGACACGUCCGUACACACUGUUAUACGCAUUGGCAGACUAAAAGACCUUCUGAUAUGGAUGUGCGUUUCUCACUGGGAAAGGAUUUUAACAAGUUCAUUAUCCCCCCCCCCACUUCUCUCUCUAAUUUGGUGGCAUUUCAUAUCAUCAGCUCAGCACUAAAUCAAAAUGAUGGAUAAAUGGUUUUCGGACCAGACCGCCUUCAGAGCCUUUCACUCUCUGAGCUGGGCUUCUGGAGAUGGCAGAUGUUGGAUGUGACCUCCUGUGAAAUCUUUCUCCAGCUGAGGCUAAAUUUAGGCCAGAGGCACCAGGAAUGUUCUUUUCUCCUAGAUUUCUCUUCAGACAGUCUCUCCGAUGUCUCUUUAUUAAGGUUAGCGGGUAAAAAGGGACACAUGCUGCUAUCGAACAGCUGCUGCCUGUGACACAGUCACCACCGUCAUUCCAGAAACCUUCGCUUUCUGCGUCUUUCCAUUCCCAUCUUUUUUUUCCCCAUCCAUUGUGAAUGCCCAGAAUGGCUGGCGUUUGGUUUUGCAUCACAAUGAAUCAACACUUGAAGUAACUGUAACUUGUGGAGAGAAGUCACAGUGCUUGUAGAUGCUAAUGCUCACGGCAGUCAACAUUUGUUUUCAUUUGUCGAUGGUGCCGCUCUGUUAGACCAGACCAGAUUCUUUCAACAGCCAAGAUUUACCACUAAUCGUAGCCAACGAGGUAGAGAUUUAUAUACAUGGGGUUAAGAGUUCAUAAAUACACUGUGUGCCCUUUACAAGAAACCCAGAGUAAAUAAAACACAAAAAACAGUGCAAGGAUUUUAAAUAGCAUUGCAUAACAACUAAGCCCAUGAUGUAUGAUGUUGGGAAUACUCCUGAAUGCUUUUUUGUCAUUUCAGUUUCUGGAUGUGUUUUCAUUAGUCAAAUGCAUAUCUCUGAAUAUUUCAUGUGAGUUUUAACAUGACUUAUUCAGUCCUGGGCUGUAAACACCCUGAACAUGUUUUCUGAAACACGGUGGUGGCAGACAGAUUUCUGAGAUCAGAUGAUUAAACACAACCUGCAGCCAACCAUAUUGAAGUAUUUUGUUUGUUUUUAUUUAUUUAUUUUUUUGGUUUAAUUUACCUUUAAUGAAUAUUGAUUCAGUCUCUUUGGAAGAUGUGCAUAAUGGAAGAUGUGCUCAGCCUUAUGCUCUCAGACUCAAGUUUGUUUGUUUUUUUUAAUCUUCAAGUGUGUAAAAUGGUACAUCCACAGAAGAUUUCAUGUAGUCGACCAGGAAAGGAAAAGCGAAUUAUUUUCUCAUCUUGGAUAAUGAAGAAACUGUGAGAAUCAGUCUGUCAAAAAGACUCGAGCACCAUUGAUGGGAUGCUGGGUGCCAUCGAUCAGCUCCCAUUAAGGGUCUUUCCAGUGGUGUAGUGGAGGGUAUACGCAGGUAUACGGCGUAUACCCACUUCUUUAUC